CCAGUUCAGGAAGCCAUCAUGAGCAGUGGGAUUCUUUACAGCAGUAAUCUCAAGUACCCAAAUGGAGAACUGAGGAAGAACAGCUUCCAGGAUCUUGCUGUGGAUCUCAAUCCUUACAACCUUCAUCAUCAUCAGCAGCAGCAGCAGCAGCAUCAGGGUAGUAAUCAUUCAGGGUUGGCGCGUCUUCGUUCCGCGCCAAGCUCAUUCUUCGAAGAUCUCGUCAAUGGCGGCGCCGGAGGGGGAUUUGAUGAUUUCCGCUACUUCCGACCGUCGAGCUCCGACAUGGACGCCAUAUUCUCGAGGUUACUGUCUCCGACCAGCAACGGGAACCAGGAUCCUCUGCUGCUUCCGUCUCCAGCUGCUCAGGAAUUGCGAGGCUUUGUGAAGCAAGAAGCGAUGGAUUCAAGUUUUCAGCAGAAUUUGGGGAACGAAAGCUCGGGCGAAUGGAAGGGAGAUGGUGGAGGUGGAGGGCGAAUAACGUCAAAGCUGCGAAGAAUGCCUCCGCUGAUCUACAAGCCAUCUUCCAGCGACUAACUCGAGUUAUUGGGACCAACUGGUU